AUGCCUACCGAGGCCGAGAACAUCCAGUUCCUCUACCUGGUUUUGACGUACGAUAACAAUCCCACUAUUGAUUGGGAUGCUAUCGGCCAUGUUCUCAACCUCAACAAGGGCGCGGUUACCAAGCGUUGGUCGCGUCUCAAGAAAGCCAUAGACCAGGGAGAGACGCCCAGUGCCUCGGCCUAUGGCUUUCUUUGGCUCUGCGUUAAGCAUAGUACACGUGCAAAUGCCCCUAACUGGGAAGCCAUCGCCAGCAAAUGCGAUACUACAGCUGGUGCAGCGUCCAAGCGGUACUCUCGCAUGAAGAAGGCUUUCGAAGAGAACGUCACGGCUCCAAACACACUUCCAAGCUCACCAGUCAAAAACACUCCUGUCAAGCCCAAGAGCACUCCCAAGUCCGCUGUCAAGAAGGGCACUAAGGCGGCCGAGAAUGAUGCAGCAUCCCCGAGCGUCAAGCGCAAGCGCUCAACCGUCAAUACACCUGCUUUGACUGCUGACGCAGAUGAGAAGUUCAAACCAGAACCCGACGAGGAAGACGAUGAAGAGCUUUUCGAUGUGAAGCCCAAGCGUGUCAAGUCCAAGAGCACUACCAAGAUCAUUCCCAAGCCUAAGCGCAAGACGGUUGUCAAGAAGGAAGUCAGUGCAGAUGAGGAAGGCGAUGUCUUCUACGACGCCGAAGAAGAGGCCAAGCAGGAUGCUGAGGACAUCACUCAUGAGCGUUAG